AUGACAAAUUAUUGUCUCUCAAUUGGAAGGGAUGUGGACUACACCAAGAAUGAUGCAAAGAGACUUGGGGCAAAGUGUGCAGGAAAAAAGUGUCCAUUCUACAUAUGGAUUUCUCUUGUUAAAGGCAAAGGUCAUCUAGUUGUAAAGACUCUUGUGCCUCAACAUAUUUGCAGAAGGCUAUCAAGAGUUAAAAAGAUCAGAGCAUCUUGGAUAGCAAGCACAUACCACUCUAAAUUCAAAGUGAAUCCGUAUAUGAAAUGUCAAGAAAUAGUAGAAACUAUAUGGUCUGUAUGGGGAAUCAAAGCAUCAUUGUGGCUAGCUCUCAAGGCAAGGAGACAAGCUCAAAAUUUAAUACUUGGUGAGUAUAAGGAGCAAUAUGGUCUGCUUCACAGAUAUGCUGCAGAGAUCAAAAGCGGUUGUCGACCUUUCUUUGGCAUAGAUGGAUGUUUUCUAAAAGGGCCAUUUGGUGACCAACUACUAGUAGCUGUUGGAAGGGAUGGAAACAAUCAGAUGUUCCCAAUAGCAUGGGCUUGUGUGGAAGUUGAGGAUACUGAUACUUGGAGUUGGUUCUUUCAACUUUUAGCUGAUGGCCUUGGCACAUCUGAUGGGCGGGGAUAUACAAUCAUGCAAGUAUUUGGAGGUGGUUUACAAUACAGAAGGGCCUUUUGGAAGGUUGCAAAAAGCACUACUGAAAAUGAGUUUGAGGCAAACAUGAAGCUCUUUGCAAACAUAUCAAUCUCAACAGAGAAGGAUUUGAGGAAGAGAAACCACAGGAAAUGGGUAAGGGCUUUCUUCACAACCAUACCCCAUUGUGAUAGUAUAGAUAAUAAUAUGAAUGAAGUGUUUAAUGCUUAUAUUUUGUCAUCAAGGCACAAACCAAUAAUUACAAUGCUAGAGGACAUUAGAGAAGGUUUAAUGGAGAGAUUACAUGUUAAGAGAGAUUAUAUAUUGAAGAAAGACAUUGAAAUUUAUCCUAGAAUUCAAGCUAAGUUAGAAAAAUAUAAGUUAGAUGCUAGGGGUUGGGGUGCAUUCUGGGAUGGCCACUUUUCAUAUGGUGUGAGAGAAGGAGCAACACAGACUAGGUAUGUGGUGAAUUUGCUGGACAAAACAUGUAGUUGUAAUGCAUGGCAAAUUAGUGGUGUGCCUUGCCACCAUGGUGUUGCUGCAAUAUGGAAGGCACAUGAACUUCCUGAGCAUUACGUAUCAGCCUAUUUUAGUAAGCAAUAUUACCUAAAAGCUUCAUGUUACCCACCAAUUGAAGCACCUUCAUUUUAG